AGGAGGCAGGGCCCGGGCGGGCCGGACGGCCGUCGGGGUAACGGAUGGGGCUCUGGCCCAGGGCUGCCUGGACGGAAAGGCGGGGCACGGGCAGGGCUCCCUCACCUGGCCUCCGCCCCACCCCAGGCCCCCUUCUGCGGUGCUGGACGAAGGAACCCUGGCCUCGGUUUCCUGCAGCCUGGGAUCAGGGCCCCCGGGGUUCCGACUGUCUCGGAGGGGACACCUCACCGCAGAGUCGGGGGCGAGGCCUGGAGGCCGGGCAGGGGCGGGGCCUGCGCUCACUUCCGUCCGGCGCGCAGCUCCGAUGGAGGCGGCGCGGAGGCCGCGGCUGGGGCUGAGCCGUCGGAAGCCGCCCCCGGCGGGCGGGCCUUCUGGCGACCGUCCCUGGUUUCUCCUGGGGGGUGACGAACGGGAGCGGCUCUGGGUCGAGCUGCUGCGCACCGUGAGUCCAGAGCUGAGCCUGGAUGAGGAGCUGCCUCCACUGCCCGCCUUCCCUGGACAGGAGCGCAGCUGCAGCCCGGGACCCACUGAAGUGUUCACUGUGGGACCCAAGACCUUCUCUUGGACGCCCUUUCCACCGAACCUGUGGGGCCCUGGCUGCUCCUACCGGCUGCUUCGCAGGGCAGGAGGGCACCUGGAAUCUCCUGACAGGUCCCCUCCCCAGCACCCGACACCUGAUCUGUGCAGGGCACCCAGUGUGGAGCCGAAGCCAUCUGUGGAGGGUGCCACAGUCCUGCACAGCUGCCCUAUGUGCCAGAAGGAGUUCGCCCCCGGAACCAAAAACAGAUCAGGAAGGCGAAGGGAGCAGAGUCCAAAGUCAGCAGCCGAGAAACAAAAGAAAGGCCGGGUGUGGUGGCUCACGCCUGUAAUCCCAGCCCUUAGGGAGGCCGAGGCAGGCAGAUCACAAGGUCAGGAGUUCGAGACCAGCCUGGCCAAUACGGUGAAACCCCAUCUCUACUAAAAAUACAAAAAGUAGCUGGGUGUGGUGCUGUGUGCCUGUAAUCCCAGCUACUCGGGAGGCUGUGGCAGGAGAAUGGCUUGAACCUGAGAGGUGAAGGUUGCAGUGAGCUGAGAUUGUGCCAUUGCACUCCAGCCUGGGCCACAGAGCAAG